UGUGCCCUUUCAUUCCCCUUCUCGUUUCACCCGACAUCAUCCGUCUCAACGCCAAAAUGAACAAGACCGCUUUCGUUUUCGUCAUGUUUGUAGCCGCCGCCUCGGCCAUCUCACUGAGCCGCAAAGUGGACACACUCUCCGAGGCCACAGGAGUUGUGAACUUCCGCCGGUGCGGAGGUCUUGGGACCCCUCUCCAGCUCAGGAUCAGCGACUGUGUCGGAAACUGCAGCUUUGAGCCUGGCAAAAUCUACAAUUGCGAAGCUGACUUCAUGCCAAGUUCUGCAGCUCCAUCUCUCACCCUCCGGGUUGAAAUUUGCAUGACUUCAGGCCUGUGCAUGCAAAUCAUCAACGCCGAACUCCCAGGAUCCUCAGUCCAACCAGGCAUGAUCUACACUGCCCGUUACUCCCUCGUUCCCAACGAUAUCCUUUCAGGUCAAACUGUCGAAUUCAGGGGUCAAAUUGUUCACACCAACAACCAAAUCGUGGAGAUUUGUCUCGCCGCUGACGUGAUCAUUUUGAUUCCAGUAGGAUAAGAAGUUUACCAUAUUUUAGAUAGAUUACAAGUCGUGAAAUGUUUUUGAAACCAAAUGUGAAAAUAAAAUACAAAUUCAAAAUUCCGAUA